CAGCGCAGGUGACGUACUUCCUGAUCAUUUGACAACAUUCACGGUAUUCUCUUGUCGAAAACAAACAUGUAAUAUCUACAUUGACACAGCGAGGAUCGUGUCCGUUGUGAAGCAGACUAUUUAUUGGAAACAUUGAGGUGAACAGAAGAAAAAAAGGAAACGGCUGAUUUGCCGAUGGACGUAUUAUUGCGCGUUUUGUUGUGCAACCGUAGUGCUGUUUUGCUUCAUCAGUGGAAAUGAGUGUGGACAUGUAGCUAAUGUCUGUAAAAUAUCUCUGACUUCUCUUAUGUAAUAGUGUGUUGUUAACUCAGAGAGAGGUCGCACACCCUUCAGGCCUUAUUGUGUGUUUUCUACUUUGAAACAUCAGCAGGGUUUUUUUUUUAUUAGUUUGCUAAGAAGUAACGUUACUAUAAGAGUUAGCACAGGCGUGACGUUACAAUGAGCUUCUUUAGUUUUGGACAAACUGCAGAAAUUGAUGUAGUCCUGAAUGACGCUGAGACGAGGAAGAAGGCUGAACACAAGACUGAAGAUGGAAAGAAAGACAAAUACUUUCUUUUCUAUGAUGGCGAAACUGUCAGUGGAAAGGUGAAUGUCACACUGAAGAACCCCGGGAAGAGGCUAGAGCACCAAGGGAUCAAAAUUGAAUUUGUUGGACAAAUAGAGCUGUAUUAUGACAGAGGAAACCAUCAUGAGUUUGUUUCCCUGGUGAAAGACCUCGCCAGACCUGGUGAAAUAACUCAGUCUCAGACCUUUGACUUCGAGUUCACUCAUGUUGAAAAACCUUACGAGUCCUACACAGGCCAGAAUGUUAAGCUAAGAUACUUUCUUCGCGCUACGGUGAUCAGAAGACUAAAUGACAUCAGUAAAGAGAUGGACAUCGUCGUCCACACGUUGAGCACUUACCCUGAACUCAACUCCUCCAUUAAAAUGGAAGUUGGAAUUGAGGAUUGUCUCCACAUUGAGUUUGAGUAUAACAAAUCCAAGUACCAUCUGAAAGAUGUUAUUGUUGGAAAAAUCUAUUUUCUGCUGGUGAGGAUUAAGAUAAAACACAUGGAGAUUGACAUAAUCAAACGUGAGACAACAGGCACCGGCCCCAGCGUAUACCAUGAAAAUGACACUAUUGCCAAGUACGAGAUCAUGGACGGAGCACCAGUCAGGGGAGAGUCCAUUCCCAUCCGGUUAUUCCUGGCUGGCUAUGAUCUGACUCCCACCAUGCGAGACAUCAACAAGAAGUUCUCUGUGCGCUACUACCUGAACCUGGUGCUGAUUGAUGAGGAGGAGAGACGCUACUUCAAACAGCAGGAAAUCACACUGUGGAGGAAAGGGGACGUGGUGAGGAAGAGCAUGUCUCACCAGGCCGCCAUCGCCUCUCAGAGGUACGAGGGCUCGGCCGCUUCGGAGAGCGCACUGGAAAAGAUUGCAAAGGAGGAAAGCGGGUAGAGCCGCUGCCCUCCUGUCUCCUCUCACAAGACUCAUCAGCGUCUGCGUUGGAGUGGCGGAGGUACCUGUCUACUGUACAACAUCUGGUGGUGCAGCUGUUUUCUUUGUAGCCGCUGCUGGUAAAGGGAGGAAGAAGGGAAACCGAUUUACAGUAAACAGUAUGUGAACAAUGAAAAAGAACAGUUUGCAUGAGGCAUUAAAAGUGGCUUCAGCCUGCUGGUCUUGUCCUUCCUCAUUAAUGCAUUUUUUUUUUUUCUUCUUGGGAAUCAAACUAAUCACCUGUCACGGUAUCCGCUGUGUAAAAUCUUUUGCAUUAAAUUUUUAAGCUAUCACCCUUCUGUUUGUUACAUUCUAACGCUUUUGGGAUAAAUUGAUUUCUAAUCUCUUAAUUAAUGCAACUAAACUGUCAUGAAUUUUCAACUAAAUGUAUCUCCAACAUUCCAUGUUUAAUGAACGCAUUCCUAACAUUGUUGUAAGGUCAAGAAAUCUGAAAUAACUUUGCACUGCUAUAUCUUGUUCAACAGUUUUCUCUUUGUGUUUGUGUGUGUUUGCACAAAUAAUAGUGGACAUGGGAACUGGAAUUAAAUCUUUUUUUUUCUUUUUUUUAGCGAGAGGGCUCAAGUAUUAUCCCACACAUUUUCCUUAGAUCUGUAAAUAAGACCAGCUAAAACCAGUUAUCCUGUUCCAGUUUGUGUACAUCGAUUAUACAGUACACGGUGCCACAAAAUGACCUUUCGUGAUCGUACGCUUUACCUCAGCAUUCCAGUGGUGUUAGGAAAGGAUGUCAAAGUGUUUGUAUUAAUAAGGUCUGAUAGUAUGAAGUCCUCUGUAUCUUCUCUAUUAGAGACUUGAAAGUUGUGCCUAAGUGUAUCAUGCAAAUGAAAUCCUCCUGCCUCUAACAUGAUUUUAGUCUUUUAACCAGAGAAAAGUUGCAGUAGAACUAUCUAUCUUUUGCAAAAUGCUUAUCAAGUAUUCCUUGUCCCUGAAAGUCAAAUAAAUUGAUGCCAAAUGG